UCGCGGUAGCGUCGGCUCUCGUGGAAUGUUAUAAGGCGAACGAAUCAACUUGUGAAAAUAUUUUUUCUUGUGCGUUUACGUUAUUGAUAUCGUAGUUUUUGUUGCGUUUGAGUUUCAAUUGUUGCAUCGCUGCGAACCAGGAAGAAGGGAGUUUUAGAGGCAAAAUUACGAAAAACUUUGUCACACAAAAUUAUCAUGUUCAACGUGCUACCAAACUUACGCAUUGUAUAAAGUUUGGUAUUAUCGGCUGAAAACUUUAUUAUGUCGAUAUCGCUUGGAUUUAUGUGCCGGUUAUGAUAACAGAAGAACUUUACUAGGACGCUGUAGUAAAACAUAGGGAUACCAAAGAAGAUGUGUGCCAAAAUGUUAUUAUAUAAUUUUUCCUUGUUUUCCGCGAUCGUUACCUGGAUUGGAGUGCUCGCCGAGGAGGAAGUGUCAUCUCCUUUGAGAGUGGCCCAAUGUAGAGCAACCUGCUUACAAAAGUUUGCAGCACCUCGACCUGGCGGGGAGUCUUCGUGUUUGCAGGGCCCCGACUGUUUUAUGUGUUGGGAAAACUGUGAGCUUCUCCAAUCUAACUAUCAAAUAUGGGGUGCAGUGUGUGACGAAAAAGACAUUUGUUUUCCCGGCUGCAAAGUUGCUUGUGAAUUUCAUACAGAAGCGGCCCGAGCAUCUCAGACUCAACCGGUAAUCCACACCAAAGGCGAAGGGGUUAUGAGGGUCAGUGGAGCCCUGGCACGCUGGCCUCCUCCAGCAUCUCGCCCCGCGCCUUUAGUCUACGUCGUCAUGAGACGUGCAGCUGAAGGCCCUUGGCGACAGAUUAUACAAACCCAAGCUUUAGCUACAAGAGUUCCUUCUAACAACGAAGGUGCUUUACUCCGAGUACUAGUCGUCGACCCACAAGGUCUUAUCACCAUUUAUAGUCCAGACGAGACAUGGGUUGCACAUGAUACUAAUACAUCAAACCAUGACGAGCACAGGUGGAUUCUCAAAGAAAUAUCACUCAUCCAUCAGAAGGUAUUGGUAAUAGGCGAAAUUGCCUGGGAACCAAGGAUAACGCGCGGUGUGUACCUUGUGACUUGGGAAGUCGAUGGUGGUGGUCUAAAAGGAAAUCUGUUUACCGAUUCAACUAGAGUGACUUUGUCAUUAUGGCCCGAUACAAUAUACCAUAUUCAAGUAGAAUUAGUCUCAAGGACUCCAGGUGUAGAUAAUGAGAAAUCUGAAACUAUGACCAUAGACACAAGCCAUGCCCAACGAGUUUCAACUGAAAGCGUUCAGGAUGUUGAAGUAAGUGAAGGCGAUCGGCUCAUGUCGGUUCUGGUUAGUUCAAUGAGAGGCGAGCGUGUAUCAGAACGUGCUCCAGAUUCAGAAUUAGUAUUAGGUUGCCUAUCAGCUAUGGUUGCUUUUGGGUUAGCAGUACUUGCUGCUAUCGUAUGGAGGCGAAGACGACGAGGAACCUUUCCUGGGACUAACGUGUACGUUGGUUCUUCUUCUGUGUUAAAGCGAAAGUUGGUUGAAGACUUCGUCCCUGCACCACACUGUUUUCAACCUGUACUGACUCCAGGAACUCCUAGCAACGGGACAGCUUCCAGGGAUGUCGUUGUGUGACGUCAUAGUUUUGACAUGCUGUCAUUUGAAGACCGCGUUUUCAGUUCCUAAAAUUAUUGGACGAAGUUUUCGCAUAUAUACGAUCGCUUUGAGUGAAGUGUAGUGAACAAAUGGAUUUAAGAAUGUGAUACAGUUAUAUAAGUUGAGCCAGUGAAUGAAAUAUGGCGAAAGGUGUCUUUAAGAGCAAUUAUUAUAUUUCGUGAUUUUUGUUAUAUCUAUUAUGAACUCUCGAAGUCAUGGUAUAUAACCAUAUAAAGAAAUUACCUAUAUUAUAAUUUUCGGUACGUAGACUUAGGCAAAUUGUAAAUUGAAAAAGGUACUUAUAAGUGUAUUUAUGAUUCACAGUAAGAUUAACACCAGAAAACUUAGCAUUGUAAAUAUUAUGACGACAUGGUAAACCAUAAUUUUCUAAAUAUUCAUUGUUUUAAAUGUACUGUAAAUAUAAUAUUAUUAGUGUGAUAAGAUCGAUUUCUAUCAAUUUACGAUUAGGUAUUUUAUCCCUUUUAAGUAAUAAUUCCCAAUAAUUUAAUUUUCGUCACAAGAAUAUAAUCUAGAAGUGUUUCAUAGUAACCAGUCAUGACAACUUGUCACUUUUCUUUCAUUUCUACAGUUGGAAACACAUUCUAUAGACUUAUAAAUUAAUAAAAAUAUUUUUACAGCUAGUCCUUAUCAUUUUUAAUAGCUAUUAGAUACUUUAUAUUUUAAUCUAAAUGGCGAAUCUUACUUAUUCUAGAAACUUAGGAUUUCUUCAGCAAUAAAAAGUAUGUAUGUAUUUGUAAAUAUUUGAAGCAUUUAUUGUAAAAACUGACAGAGGCGUUAUAUUUUUCUUGGACGUAAACAUAAAUACAUAUUUCUAAAUGUUAUGAUAUGAAAUGGAUAAAUUGAAUGGUAUUUUUAUUCGAAAUCUACAUGGGUUCUGUUUUAAAUUAGGUGUUAGUCAAGCGAACAUUAAAUUACUACUUACUGUAAUUAUUGUUGAAUCAUGGUGUAGUCAAAUUUGUUUGGAGUUGAUGUUUAGCUUUAAACAAUGUAAUUAAAACUUUAGUUUCUCGUAGGGCAUAACAUAAAAAGGCCAAAAUGACUUUGUGCUCUUAACAAAUAUAUUUUGGUUUUUGAUGACCAAAUUUGAAAAUAGUAUAAGUUAAGUGCUUAGUUAAAUUUAUUUAUUUUUUGUGAUUAAUUUCGUACCUUCACUCGAAUUUGUAAAUAAAUAUUACUUGCUAUAUUGACGCAGCUAAACUUUAACAAGUAUGAAUAAAUAUGUCUGCCAAAU